UUAUGAGUACCUUCAUUACUCAGGCAGCGUCUGGGAGCAAGGAAGGGAUCACUUACAUCUCUCCUCUUUUCAAACGUGCUAAAAAUGCCUGCCGCCUUCUUUUAUUGACGGUGUGCGUGCAUGGUGGAGGCUUGGUCGAGCCAACAGUGCCUCAGUGGCAUCACCGGUCCGUGGCUUCCCGUCACAGCCGCUGUGACUGAACACACGGUUGGCCGCAAUGAGGAGAAUAACGGGCAAGGCGAGGGAUGAAACUUUGAUCGAGCUGCAGGGCACCGGAGACGUUCACACGGGAGAUGGUCCCGCUGUGCUGACUGCAUUCAGGAUCAACCUGCACACAGAUGAAAAUGGUGGAACUGAUGUUAAUUCCUUAUCGGAGAGAACAACCCUGCCGGGACACACUGAGACAGAGAAACUGCAACCAAACAAAGACACAGUAUUCUUCAGGGAUGGAGUGCGAAGAAUCGACUUUGUUCUGUCUUAUGUGGAUGACAAAGAUGGAGAGAAAAAACAGGAGAGGAGGAGGGAGUUUGAGGCCAACCUUGAGAAAGCAGGACUGGAAUUGGAGACAGAAGACAAAUCCGACUCUAAAGACCAGAAGACAUACUUCUUAAAGAUCCAUGCUCCAUGGGAUGUUCUGGCCACCUACGCUGACGUCUUGAAGAUCAAGGUUCCUUUCAAAGCCAGUGAUAUCCCUCACGGCCGGGAUGUUCCUCUGGAGUGGCUGUCACAUCCUUUCCGCUUGCCAGAACACAUAAUGCACCCUCAACCUGACUAUUUUACUUACCCCUUUGACAAAGGCAAGACUGACUUCUUUCUCAUUAACGACAAGGACACCUUCUUCCCACCAUCCACAAGGAACAGAAUUGUGUUCUACAUCUUAGCUCGAUGUCCUUAUUAUAAAAAUGGACAAGAAGACAGAGACAAGACAGGAAUCAAGCGCUUACUCAGCAAUGGGACGUACACAGCAGCAUUCCCACUUCAUGAUUGCCGUUACUGGAAGAGAGCAAGAAAUGCGGAAUGUGAGAGUGAGCGGUUCAAUUUGUACUCGCACUGGGCCAGGUUUCUCUGCUUUUACAAGGAACAGCCACUUAACCUCAUCAGGAAAUACUACGGGGAAAAGAUCGGGAUUUACUUUGCGUGGCUGGGAUUCUACACAGAGAUGUUAUUCUUUGCUGCUGUCAUGGGCUUUAUAUGUUUCACCUACGGAGUGUUUAGCUAUGACGACAACAUAUCCAGCAAAGAAAUUUGUGAUGCUAAUAUCGGGGGCAGGAUUGUGAUGUGUCCAUUGUGUGACAAAAAGUGCUCUUUCUGGAAGCUCAACUCGACGUGCCUCUCAUCCUGGCAAUCCCACCUGUUUGACAAUGAGGGAACUGUGUUCUUUGCCAUAUUCAUGGGGAUUUGGGUAACUCUCUUUUUGGAGUUCUGGAAGCGUCGUCAAGCCCGGUUGGAGUACGAGUGGGACUUGGUGGACUUUGAAGAGGAACAGCAACAGCUUCAAAUUCGUCCCGAGUUUGAAAUUAGAUGUACAAACAGGAGACUCAACAAGAUCACUCAGGAAAUGGAACCAUUUCUUCCUGUCACCAGCAAGUGUGCUCGCUUCUGCCUGUCUGGGGCCACUGUCCUCUUCUGGAUCUCGCUGAUCCUGGCCUGCAUUAUUGGGGUCAUAGCGUACAGACUGGCUGUGUAUGCUGCCUUUGCGAGUAUCAUUAAGGACCCCAUGAGGAAGAUUCAGGUGGUGGGCAGGUUCAUAACACCGCAACUGGCCACCUCUGCGACCGCCUCUUGCAUCAACUUUGUCCUCAUCAUGAUCCUCAAUUUCUUUUAUGAGAGGGUGGCUAUCUGGAUUACUGAUAUGGAGAUCCCAAAGACCCAUCUGGAAUACGAGAACAGGCUCACCAUGAAAAUGUUUCUCUUCCAGUUUGUCAACUAUUACUCGUCUUGCUUCUACGUGGCUUUCUUUAAGGGCAAAUUUGUGGGUUUUCCCGGUGCAUACUCAUACAUGUUUGGCAAGUGGAGCAAAUUGAGGAAUGAAGAGUGUGACCCCGGAGGCUGUCUCAUAGAGCUGACUACACAGUUGGUGAUCGUCAUGGCUGGAAAACAACUGUGGGGGAACAUCCAGGAAGCCCUGCUGCCGUUGAUGCGUAACUGGUGGAGUAGCAGAAAGGGGAGGCACCAUCCUGAGAACCAUUACAGCCGCUGGGAGCAGGACCACGUCCUGCAGAACUUCAGCCAGCUGGGAUUGUUCUAUGAAUACCUGGAGAUGGUGGUCCAGUUUGGUUUCAUCACUCUAUUUGUUGCAUCUUUUCCUUUGGCUCCGCUUCUGGCUCUGUUCAAUAACAUUCUGGAAAUUCGGGUGGACGCCUGGAAGUUCACCACUCAGUUCAGACGACCUGUGGCAGCCAAAGCCAGAAACAUUGGAGCUUGGCAGGAGAUUCUUAACGCGGUUGCCAUAUUGUCUGUUGUUACCAAUGCGUUCAUCAUGGCGUUCACCUCAGACAUGAUUCCUCGUAUGGUCUACUUGUACGCGACUGGCAAAGGAGCCUCAAUGAGGGGUUACGUGAACAAUAGCUUGUCGGUAUACAACAUCUCACAGAUCCCCUUCCGCAACAUGCCGGAAGAACAGGAUAACUGGUUGGAUAAUUCAACAUCCACUUGCAGAUACAGAGAUUACCGUUACCCUCCGGGCCACUACAGGGAGUACGCUCACACCAUGCAGUUCUGGCAUAUCCUGGCAGCCAAAAUGGCCUUCAUUAUCACCAUGGAACAUGUAGUCUUUGUGGUGAAGUUCUUUGUGGCAUGGAUGAUCCCUGAUGUGCCUUCAGGCGUGAAGGCGCGAUUUAAACGCGAACGCUACCUGAUUCAGGAGUAUCUGCAUAACUAUGAGGUGGAGAGACUCAAACUCCAGUUGAGUGCCAGCUUCAUCACCGAGCCCCUUUCAGAAGAGUCCGCUGUGCCCACCAAGCAUGAAGUGCUGUCCGAGUGCCUCUAGCUGCCACUUUACGUAUCACAGUGGCCAAGCCAAAAUUGGACUUUUGAGCUUGUUUAGUUACCUACUGAUGAUAUCCAUAUGCAAGGGCUUUUGUGUUUAGGCAAAAACAAUGCUGGCCUUGUUUCAUGGGCAUAAUCGCCUGCUGUAAUGGAUUCCUAUAUUAGGAUCUGAGCGGACAUAGUGAAGAAAAUCAUUGCAAUCAAUAUUUUGCAUCCGCUUCUUAAAUGCAUGUGGUGUAUCUGUGCCAUAGAAAAUAUGAAUGGUCGAUGUGAAAAUUAACAGCAAUGAGCAAAACAGUUGUGCAAUUCUCCAUGUAAUGCCUUCUUCCUUUCUGUAGCAUUAGACCCUAAUAAAAAGCUCUAUGUAUUUAUGGAUGUGCUUGAUAACGUAUAUGACAUUAUAAUACCCCUUUAAAUAAUUGUAAUUGUAAUAUAUGUCUCAGCAUGUGGUACUUGUAAAGAGGGUAUGAGAUAAAUGACUGGAUUUGUCAGAAAAACUGUAUGGUGUUUGGAUAGUAGUAAUAAUGAAAAUAAGUCGUGCAAAUAUGUGUUCUAUGUAUUUCAGGCUGUCUUAUAUCCAUAAAGAUAUGGCAAAAAAAUCACACUGAUCCAAGAAAUAAACAUUACACUGCCUAGAAAAAGUAUUCAUACCGCUUAAAUUUUUUCCCAAUUCGUGAGCUUACAAUUACAUAUGUGAAUGUAUUUUUUUUGUGAUUGUAUGCGAUAGACAAACAAAGUAGCACAUCAUUGUGAAGGGGAACAAAAUUGAUAUACAAUUUUCCAAGUUAAAAUAAGUUACUCUUAGUAUAAAAAAAGAAGUAAGAAGAACGGCAUUGUUGAAUGACUGUAUAUCCAAAGAAUGAUGGCGCUAUAAAGUAUUGAUUGGUAAGGGUAAAAACAAAUGCUCACUGCAUUUUUCAGAUUUUUAUUUACUUAAAAUCUUGAAAACUAUCAUUUCCACUUCACUCUUAUGUGCUACUUUGUAUUGGGCAAUCACUAAAUCUCCAUGGAUAAUAUUAAUGUGUUGUGGUUGUGAGGUGGCAUAAUGUAAAAAAAAAAAUCAAGGGGUACAAAUACUUUUUUAUGGCACUGUAGCUAGGCUAUAAGAAGAUGCUUAUGUUACCAUAUAGGUUUCUUUAAAACUAUAUAGAAAGAGAUUUUUCAGCAGUGGUUAAGGUUUUUUGUUUUUUUACUUUGUCCCACUUGAGUUAAAGACCGAAAUGAGGACCGACUGACACAAUGGCAGAGACUAUGGAAUCCUGCAACUGUAUUUCUAUGUUGCUUUGGGACCAAUUGUUAUAUUAUCUCUGUCACUGCAGAAUAAAAAAACGAAAACUUUUUUCCUGAAA